GGCGGGGCUAGGUGAGGUGUGGUGGACAGGUGCGAGGUCGCUGUGCUCUUCGAACCUUGGCGUUCGCCGUGAGGUGCGCGGCUGAGAGGCUGGGUUCUGCUGGCUUGCCCCCCACAUCCGGGGUCUUUUGAAACGGCCAUGGGGGAUCAGGACCUACCAGGAGUUCUGGUGUCUGCAUUGGAAGGACCGUCUGGUGUAUGUGAAGAUCAUGUUGCAGAGCUGCAGAAACACUUCAAUCUUAUUACCAUGCAAAAAUUUCUGGACAAUAAAGCACAAUUGGGUCCACAGAUCCAGGCUGUGUACAUCUGGGGCAGAAAGCCCGCUAUUACUCAGGAGCUCCUGGAGGGCCUGCCGGCCUUGAAGAUUGUUGCCAACUCAGGAGCCGGUCUAGACCACCUGGACCUGAAGCUCCUCGCCAGCUUUGGUGUGAAGGUGGCCAACACGCCGCAGGCUGUGUCCAUCCCCAUGGCUGACAUGGGGAUGGCCUUGCUGCUGGCGGCAGCCCGGAGAGUAGUGGAAGGUCACCAGCUGGCCGUCUCACCGGACACACAGAACUUUUCCACGAACUGGAUGGGUCAGGAAGUGACGGGGGCCACCCUGGGGAUCGUGGGCAUGGGCAGAAUCGGCUACAAGGUGGCUCAGCGGGCCAGGGCAUUUGACAUGAAGAUUCUGUACCACAACAGGAGACGCAGGAAGUUGGAGGAGGAGGAAGCUGUUGGGGCCAGUUACUGUGAGAGCCUGGACGACCUGCUUCGGCACUCAGACUUUGUGAUGCUGGCUGUGAGCCUGACGCCCCAGACCCAGGGGCUGAUCGGGAGGAGGGAGCUGAGGCUGAUGAAGCCCACUGCCAUCCUGGUCAACGUCGGCAGAGGUCUGCUGAUCGAUCAGGACGCCCUGGUGGGAGCUCUGCAGACCGGGGUCAUCACGGCAGCAGCGCUGGACCUGUCGCACCCCGAGCCCCUGCCCAGGGAUCAUCCUUUGCUGAAGUUGAAGAAUGUCACUCUGACCCCUCACAUUGGAAGCGCCACUCAUCAGGCCAGACGGCAGAUGAUGGAAAACUUGGUCGGAAGCAUCCUGGCCUCUCUCAGUGGCCUUCCCAUUCCGAACGAGGUGCUAGUUACAUGAUGUGUGUGGGCUGAGGAUUCAGAGGGACGAAAUAUGGCAGAUUA